AAACAAGAAACUACGUACGGAUGAAGAAAUGCCUUGGCCAUCGACAGUGCAAGCAUUACGGCGAGCGACGUUUACAGCGAGGUCUAAGGUAUACACUUGUUGUAGCUUGUAAGUGCGACAAAAGAAGACUUGCGCCUACGCCAAGAGUGUGGUCCCCUGUUCCGCCGCCAUCUUCUGUCCUUUUAGAAAGAGACGCUGAACACGCUUGGGAAGAGUUCUCACGCCAUUAACGACACGAAGCCUUCCGUGACUUCGAGUUUAAGACGGCCUUACGAGACCAGACGGAAAUACUGCACAAUUCCUGAACAACAUGGACGUCUGCGGCAUCAUCGGAGACUACGGCAAGUUCCAGAAGAACAUCUUCUGGUUCGGCCUGGUCCGAGGCACGUUCAUGGGUCUGCAUCUCGUCGUGUCCAGCUUCUUCGCGCCCGAGGUAGACCACUGGUGCGCUGCUGAUCCCGCCUCCCACGUGACCGGAAAUGCGACGACUUUGGAUUCAGGCAGGUUAGGGAACCUGUCUCGUGAGUCCAGGUAUCUCGCCGAGGAAAGUGACUUAGGACUCGGCGCUUGUUCGAGGCGCCUGACGACGACGGUCGCUGUCGGCGACAACCGGUCGCUUGUCCCCGAAGUCCUCACGACCUCCUCCUCGUGCGAAACGUGGAACUACGGGAACAGCUUCUCGGGCCACACCUUGGUUCAAGAGUGGGACCUGGUGUGCGAGCAUGCAUGGUUGCGCCCCCUGGUGCAGAGCAGUGUCAUGACAGGCAUGCUGCUCGGAUGUCUUCUCUGCUCGGCCCUCGGAGACAGGCUGGGUCGUCGUCCCGUGCUGGUGAGCUCCUGCGCGCUGACCAACAUGGCGGGCCUCGCGACCGCAGCGGCGCCCUCCUUCGGCGUUUUCCUGGCAGCCCGCGUGGUGCUGGGAAUUUCGUUGGCCGUCAUGCAGACCGCCUCGUUCUGCCUCCUGGUGGAGGUCACUGGUCCCAAGCAGCGGACACGGGCCGCAGUCGCCUUCAGCCUGGGCUUCGCCCUCAGCCUCUUCGUGCUGCCGGCCACCGUGUGGUUAAUCCAGCACUGGCGUCACGUUCAAGUGGCCAUUACGGUGCCGUUUAUCGCCAUGCUGGUCUGGUCAUGGUACCUGCCCGAGUCACCUCGGUGGCUGGUUGCCAUCGGGAGGACGAAAGAGGCCGCCAGCGUCGUCCUCCGGGCGGCUUCGUCGAAUGGCAUCGAGAUCCAGGACAUGGACUGGGUGCUUCGGCAGCUGCGAAAGAAGAUACUACAGGAAAACGAAGAGGCCGAGAAGGUACGCUACCUGGAUCUCGUGAGGCAGCCCAGGAUCCGACGUUACAGCGUCAUCCUUGUCUACAGCUGCGUGUCGUGCGGCGCCGUGUACUACGGCAUCCAGCUGUCCAUGACCAGCCUGGGCGGAGACCCCUACGUAGGCUUUCUGCUGUCGGGCCUGGGAGAGUUGGCGGCCGUGGUGCUCUGCUACGGCACCGUUCGCUGGUUCCGCAGGCGCACGGCCGUGCCCGCUAUGUACGCCGGCGUAGUCCUCUGCUCGCUCGGUUUGGGCCUCAUACCGCAGUCGCUGACGUGGCUCCGUCAGGUGGACGGCCUGGUGGGGAAGAUCCUGUCCGGCUCGGCGUUCACGGUCACGUGGUUGUACGCGGCCGAAGUGUUCCCCACCGUGCUGCGCACCGUGGGCGUCGGCGCCUGCCUCAUGGGCAUUCGGGUCGGCUCGGCGUUCGUGCCACUUCUACUGGAAACGAGGCGCUACACGCACGAGUCGGUCCCCAUGGCUGUCCUGGCGGCCAUGUACGCCUUGGCUGCUGUGCUAGUCCUCCUGCUGCCCGAGACGUUCCAGGUGGCGCUACCGGACACCGUGCGAGAGACCCUGGAUCUCAAGAAGGCCAAGAAAGCCAAGACACAUCUAUCUUCAGCGGAGCUGAUAAAUUACCGAAGAGUUUCCACUGCACAAGAAGAGAACCAGGAUGAACCCUGACCUGAUCGGUGCCUCCAAGGUUCAAGACUUCAGUUCAAACACCUGGCUCCCUCACAGACUGAAGCUCAUGCGAUCGAGCGAAAACUCCGACCUCUUGCAUCACGCGAGCUUCGAAACUGCUGGUGCUUUGCAGGCAGCACAAGUUCUCGUGGGCGUGGUCUCCGAGAUCGGGUCUCCGAUCGUGGUCUCAGAUCUUGGAGACCAUGACAUCUCUGCGGUCACGCAGUCUCAGAGGAUCCCAUGCCGCCGCCGAGGAUCUCAUGCCGCCUCCAAGGAUCUCAUGCCCAAUGUUGCCCAAGAAAAACAAACCACACCACAAUGUCCAAUAC